UCUUAAUAAAGCGGAGCAGACGCGAAGAGCGUCACUUGUCCACUUGUCCGGUGUACUUGCUUACAGUAGAAAAACCAUGGCUAGUACGCCUAUUUACCUUGCUUUUGUUGUAGUGUGUGUGGUGGCUACAUCUGCCACAGCUACCAUUUAUUCAUUCGAUGAUUCUAGGGGUGUCGGGCGCAGAUUCGAUGGAAUCGGAGGACUCAGCGGUGGAGGCACUAGGCUCAGACCUCAUGCUUGUUUUCUCCUGGCGGCCUGGUUGGUCAUCAGAGGCACCUACUCAGCAACUUACACUUUUGACGAUAGACAAGGUCUGGGUCGCAGGUUUGAUGGAGUGGGAGGUCUGAGUGCAGGGGCAACCUCCAAGCUUCUGGUGAACUAUCCCCAACAGUACAGAGAUGAAAUCUUGGACUAUUUAUUCAAGCCCAACUUUGGAGCGUCACUUCAGAUACUAAAGGUGGAAAUAGGUGGUGAUAUUCAAAGCACAGAUGGUACUGAAGCAUCUCACAUGCACAACAGCUGGGAGGAGAACUAUCAGCGGGGUUAUGAGUGGUGGUUGAUGACAGAGGCCAAGAAGAGAAACCCUGAUAUCAAACUGUAUGGCCUGCCUUGGGGAUUCCCUGGUUGGAUAGGCCAAGGUACUGGAAACCCUUAUAGUAAUCCCAAUGUCACCGCUGACUACAUUGUCAGGUGGAUUGCUGGAGCUAAAACCUUCUACAACCUCACCAUCGAUUUUGUUGGGGUAUGGAAUGAACGAGCUUACGACUCUACUUACAUAAAGACGUUGCGGGCUCUGCUGGAUUCUCGUGGGUUUUCCAGUACGAGGAUAGUAGCUUCUGAUGAUAACUGGAAUAUUUCUUGGGACAUUCUUCAGGACUCUGCCUUAGCUGCUGCAGUUGACUACAUUGGGGCUCACUAUCCAGGCACCACAUCCUCAUCUGAUGCUCAGAAGACCGGUAAACAGCUUUGGGCCUCAGAGGACUAUAGCACCUUCAAUGAUGAAACAGGGGGAGGCUGCUGGGCACGUAUUUUGAACCAGAACUAUGCAGUUGGCUACAUGACCUCGACCAUCUCUUGGAAUUUGAUUGCCAGUUACUAUAAUCCACUGCCAUUCUUUCGUGAUGGUCUGAUGACUGCUGUGGAGCCCUGGAGUGGAAACUACAUAGUGGAGACACCAAUCUGGCUUUCAGCCCACACUACACAGUUUACUGAGAUUGGCUGGAAAUACCUGGCUCAUGGGGCUGGUGUUGGACAGCUUCAAAAUGGUGGCAGUUACGUCGCAUUGGUCAGUCCUGAUGGCAAGGACCUCACUAUCAUCAUAGAAACCAUGAGUCAUGAUCACUCUUUCUGUAUCCGCCCAUAUCUGCCAGCGUACAGUGUGACAGCUCAAAAUGCUACCAUCAGUCUAGCUGGUUCCUUUGCCACUAUACAGCAGCUGAAUGUAUGGUACAGCAAACUUGAUUUUGUUAAUAGAUCUUCAAUCUUGUUUGAGAACCUCCAGCCACUGAAAGUGGUUAACAGUCAGGUAACACUGUCACUGGGCAUUGAUGAAGUCUACACGCUGACCACUCUUAGCACUGGUCAGAAGGGACAGUACAACCCUUCGCCUCCAUCCCAGCCUUUCCCACUGCCAUAUUCAGACAACUUUGAAAGUUACCAACUAAGCCAAGAGCCCUUUAACCUGGCCCAGCAGACAGGGUCAUUUGAGAUAGUGCAGUCAGAUGCUCUUCAUGGCAAAGUGGUACGACAGAUGAUGCUGCAGCGUCCUGUGGCCUGGUGUGAUGCUGACCAAAAAAAUGCAUAUGGUGCUGCCAUUAAUAUGAUUGGAAAUUACAGCUGGACUGACAUCUAUGUAGAAGUAGAUGCAGCAGUUGGAGCGGUCAACGGCACUAAUGGAGUCUUCGUUGCAGCCAGAGUGCAGAAUGGAGGGUGUGAUGCAUAUGAAGCCAAAGGCAUCUUUUUCUUCCUGUUCCCUCAAACCAAGCGCUACAUUGUUUCCUAUGAUUUGGCUCACACUCAGAAUGUGGUGUCCGGCAAUAUCAACACAUCACUGUCAGUCUGGAAUAAACUUUCUCUUCUCAUUACAAAAACAGGAGCCAUUGGAUCAGUCAACAACAACGUACUGUUUAAUGUUUCGAUCCCAAAUUCACCAGCAAAUGGUUUUGCAGCUCUGGGCACAGAAUCAUAUGGCAUAGCAGAUUUUGACAACUUCUUAAUAACAUCACAAGAAGAGGGUCUACGUCGAAUGCAGGUGCCUGCACAGACAGGCACCAGAAAAGGCAGCAGUCUAUAUUUUUCACCUGAAAUUAAGAAACACCACUAACUAUAGAGUGAUAUGUACAUAGGUUUCCUUGUCAACAACAGAACUUGUACAGUAUAUUUACACCCAUAUCAAUUGGGGAAGUGGGCUUGUUUAGGGACCCUCGUUUUGAUCUCAGGACAGAGGGGACAUGUAGCCAUACUGGUUGCAGAUGCAGAGGAAGAUGGAACAUCAUUGAUAACAAAAGCCGACUACACAUAUAUUGUACAGUCAGUGUAUUCAAAUUAAUAUGCAGCUGGUAUCAUAUGGAUGAUAAGCAGCCUAAUUAUCAGACAUUACAGUGAGUUUUAUUCUUUAAAUAAUUAAUAAUAAUGAACAGCCAUUUUCUAUUUUGUAUAAUUAAUAAUAAUGAGCAUUGUUUACAAGCAAUUGUGCUACAAACAUUUGUAUUGUGAAUACUGUCUGAGACUAUUUGUGAUGUCUUGUGAACAUUCCAGAAAUAGGUUCCAGUCUUGAAAUCCUUUUGAGAUUUUUGCUGAAAGCCUGCUUUGAUGAUCUUCCAGAAGAUGUAUUGUCACAAAGCAAUGGCUUUGUAAAUGUUUUUGUGCAUGCAUAGAAGGGAAUAUAUUCACACAUAUUUAUUUAUGGAUAUGUAUUUAGGAUGUGUGUGUAUCUGUGUGCAUGUGAAUGUAUUUGUUUGGGGGGGGGGGAGGAUUGAAAUUUGC